CGCAAGCGCGAGCCCGUCUCUCAGGCCCCGCCCCUGCCGGCCGAGCCAGGCUCUGCAAUCCGAUGUAGAGAUCAUCGCUCUAGCCAGGCAGCGGGGUCGAUCUCGGCUCUUCCUGAGACCCGGCCCUGACGAUGGCGGAGAAAACUCAAAAGAGUGUGAAGAUUGCUCCUGGAGCCGUUGUGUGUGUAGAAAGUGAAAUCAGAGGAGAUGUAACCAUAGGCCCUAGGACAGUGAUCCACCCUAAAGCACGAAUUAUUGCGGAGGCCGGGCCAAUAAUUAUCGGUGAAGGUAACCUCAUAGAGGAGCAGGCCCUCAUCAUAAAUGCUCAUCCGGAUAAUAUCAUUCCAGACAAUGAAGAUCCAGAACCCAAACCUAUGAUCAUUGGCACCAAUAAUGUGUUUGAAGUUGGCUGUCAUUCCCAAGCCAUGAAAAUGGGAGAUAAUAAUGUCAUUGAAUCAAAAGCAUACGUAGGCAGAAAUGUAAUCUUGACCAGUGGUUGCAUCAUCGGGGCUUGCUGCAAUCUAAACACUUUUGAAGUUAUCCCUGAGAACACAGUGAUCUAUGGUGGAGACUGCCUACGAAGGGUGCAGACCGAGCGGCCACAGCCCCAGACACUACAGCUGGAUUUCUUGAUGAAAAUCUUGCCCAAUUACCACCACCUAAAGAAGACCACAAAGGGAGGCUCUACCCCAGUUAAGAACUAAGAAGUUGUCAAAAUGGUGACCAUCUAUGCUGACUUUUGAAAGGGCCCAGUGUUUUAACAAUGUGUUCACUUUGUGUUGGAAGCUUUAUGGAGAGAGGUGGGUAACGUGGUAACUGCCUUUAUAAUUUAUAUGGAGUGUAUUGUUUUUUUGUCCUUGUUGUGGUAAUUUAUAGACUCAGUUUUUCUUUUCUGAUACAAAAUAUUAGCCAUGCAUUUAUUAUGUAAAAGACUAUCCAUGAUGACAUGUCAUGUUGUGUUUAUAUUCUAAUGUAACCAUAACUAAAUAAAAGUUUGGCUACUUGCUUUAAUCUUCCCAAA